CACCCGUCUAGGAGACCGUGAUCAUUAUUGUUGAUGAUUUAAUAGUUGAUUUUGUUGCUGAUAACAUAUUUUCAUCGAAAUAAACAAGUUUCUAAACGUUUUCGAACGCCAAUCCUUUUGAGAGGAAGGCUAUGGACUUUGACAGUCCCGACGUGGAAAAAGAUUUCCCCGGUCUGUACGCGUCUUCUGACAUUGGUCUCAAGGACAGCGACGGCAAACGCAAAGAUAAGAAGGACCGCGGCUACGCAGCGUUGGAAGGAGAGAGUUCGCCGGAGGAAGAACCCGACGCCAAAAGCCCGUCAAAAAUUAAAAAAAUUAAACCAUUUAAAUUUCCAUCAAAAAAAGAGAAACAUGAAAAACUUAAAGACAGAGACUCAAAGGAUGUACAGAAAGAAAAGAAAAAAGAUGAAGUAAAAGGAAAAAAGAAAGAUAAAUCUAAAGUAAAAAUAAAAGACAAAAAGAAACAGAAAAAUGUCGAUGGAAAAGAUAUUAUCGAUAUCGGAACCUUAUACGAGAAUCAACCGAUUUUUGGAGUUCCAUUAGAAAUAUCAUUUGAGCGAAAUCCAUGCCAUGAUGAUAUUCACUUGCCAUUGAUUCUGCGGAAUUGCAUUGACUAUGUACAAAUAAAUGGUUUGUGUACUGAUGGUGUGUAUAAAGUACCGGGAGUUAAGUCUAAAGUUCAAAAUUUAAAAGUUCAAUACAAUAAACGUCAACCUGUUAAUUUGUCAGAAUACGAUCUAGCUGUAGUGACUAGUUUACUUAAACAGUAUUUAAGAGAAUUACCUGAUCCAAUCCUAACGUCAAGUCUUUUAUCAAAAUUCGAAGAUUCCGCUGAAACUAAAAAUGUAGAAACUACUAAAUUAUUGAUUGAUGAACUUCCCCUGUGUAAUAAACACACUCUUAUAUGGUUAAUAGUUCAUUUCACUAAUAUUGUUGAGAACGAAAAGUAUACUAAGAUGAACACUAUAAAUUUCGGCAGCGUUCUUUGUCCGGUGCUUCAAAUGUCUCAAACUUUAUUUACGUUUUUUGUUACUAAAAAAAACGAACUUUUUCCUGACGCAGUGUUGGGCAAGUACGUACCACCGUUGAGAUGUGCUAGUCCGUACCUACCGUCUAGCAAACACGAAAUAUCAGUUGAAUUGAAAAAACAAGAAUCAUUGCUCGGAUACAUUCAUCGAGAAAUGAAUGCCGGUUUUGUGUGCAAAACCAAAGAGGAGGAAUUGUGGGAUGUUCAGAGAAUCAUUACACAGUUGAAAAGAAAGCUGAAAGUUUUAGAAAAAGACAUUAAUAAAGCUAAGAAGAAAGAACAACUAUCGACAGAAAUCGGAAAGUACGAAGAAGUGGGUACUCAAACGGCGUUGGAUAGGCAAUGUUCUGAUAUAAGUACAUCAGGUCAAGCCGAAAUUACUUCUAUUGCUAGCGAUACAAUGAACACGUCUAACAACGAUGAGUCGCUAGUCGAUGAAGAAAUACAAACCAUAAGUUCGGAUAGUGAUGGUGAUGAAUUAAUUCUACUAUAUGAAUCUGAAGAACUAAUGUCUCUCAUUGCGAACCUAAAGGAUAGUAUAAUUCAAGAGAAAUGCGAAAUCAGUAAACUCAGUGAGAAGUUAAUGUCUGCUGGAAAGUUUGUCAAUGUUAGGGACUACUUCAUGCAACCUUUAAACGAAGCGACAGUGUCAAACCAAAACUUGUUGAACGAGUAUAAAAAGUUAGAAUUACAGAAAUUGAAUUUACUAAAAAGCAUAGUAGAAGAACGAGAAGCUAUAUUGGGUUUAAAAAUACAAAUAAAACUAGCUCAACGAAAUCAGAUGGCAGCCACAUAAUGUGCAUAGUUGAAUUUCAAUCAAAAUUUGUACUUUUAUUCAUGUUAGCAACAAAAGCAAAGACUAUAAGUGCAUAGUAGCUACUUAAGUACAACUACUAUAUGGCUUUUAGUGAUAUGAAAGGAUAUUUAGAUGGUUGCAAUCCAAGGAAUAUUCUUGUUUUUUACUGUAAUUAACGUAGAAUAUUAUGUUUGUAAAAGUAUUUUUCUUUUAUAAAAAGCGUUUAUCCAAUAAUUAUAAAUACCAUCAAUAUUGAUUACGGAAUUGUGUAUGUUCCCAUAAUGGUGUUUAUAACCUUAAACUAAAUAAUUUGAUUGAAUUAACUUUUAUUUAUAUAUUUAAGUAUAA